UCCUUCAUCUUCCCCCACACAGAACGGUAUAUAUCCCUACCGGGGCGAGUUCCUCGAGCGUUGAAGUAUCAGCUCGGGAGACAUUAUUUGCCGGUUCUCGUCACAGGUGCUUGUGGUUCGUGUGGGUUGGAGUCGCUUUCGAAGAUAACAAGAUAACAACACGAGGUCCGCAUUAAGGUCGUUUUGGUGAUCAAUUCGAUACGCCUUGGUGGGAAAUUGGUGCAGUUUGGAGGAAGAUCGAGAUCGCCGUGUGGGGAUUGGUUGAGGGUCGGAGCGCGGGAGAGAUGGAUUACGCUGCGUCGUUUUUCGAGGGGCGCGGGUCGCAAUGGAAUUACAACUCGUUGAAGAACUUCAACGCCAUUUCCACGGCCGUGCAGCAUCAUCUGCAGAGGGUUUACAUGACUUUGGCCGCUACCGUUCUUUUGUCGGCGGUGGGGGUGUACAUCCAUACUUUGUGGAACAUUGGAGGCAUCAUUACUUCUUUGUUGUUCAUCGGCGCCAGUACAUGGCUUGCAGUUACUCCUUCAACGGCGGAGAACGAGAAUAAAAGGCUGCAGCUGUUGGGUGCUGCUGCUCUUUGUGAGGGGGCAUCUCUUGGAACAUUAGUAGGGCAGGUCCUUCAAUUCAACCCCAGUAUUGUCAUGUUCGCAUUCCUCGGCUCCACAGCAAUCUUCGCUUGCUUCACUGGAGCCGCUUUGCUAGCAAAGCGUCGAGAGUACCUGUUCCUGGGAGGCAUCUUGUCAUCUGUCAUCAGUAUGAUGCUUAUGAUGCAGUUUGGCUCAAUGUUUGUUGGUCGCGGAGCGUUUAUGUUCAACGUUGAGUUAUACCUCGGAUUGGCUGUGUUUGUGGGCUACGUGUUGUUCGACACCCAGAUGAUCAUUGAAAGGGCAUCACUUGGUGAUUAUGAUUACAUCAAGCAUACAUUAGACCUCUUCAUGGAUUUCGUUGCUAUCUUUGUGCGCAUAUUGGUUAUUAUGACCAAGAACGCGAAUGAAAGGGAGCGCAAGGAUCGUGAACGCCGGAGGCGCCGCGAUUAGAGCAAUGCAACAUGGUGACGUGGAUUCAUGUAUGGAGGGUUGUUUGCUUUUUCAAUCUGUGUGGUAAUGUGAAGGCUCGCUUACAUUUAGCUCAUCUGGGCUUGGUGAUUAAAGCUUUGUGUAGCAGGUAGUUUUGUAGAUCGUAUUAGGAACUUGUACAGAUGCUCCUUCACAAUAAAGGCAAGAAGACUGAAUUUAUCA